ACAACCUGUAAAAAUCAUCUCAAUUAUAAUUUACCGAAAAUAUCAAAUUUGAAUCAAAAUUUUCAGUCAAAUAAGGUAGUACUGCCGUAUUUGCAUAAAAUGAUGGAGGAAGCUUAUAGAAAUGUUCUAUUAUGCUACAUGGAAAGACAAUACGUAACAAAAACUACAAUAUCUGAAAUAGAUCCGUCUAACAAAACUUGGUUUUUACCAAAGAAAAAUGUUUAUGUUGGCAUAGAUGUAAUGAAUGAAAUUUCUAAGCCCAUUAUUUCAGAAAUGCCUCAGUUAUUAGAAAUGUUUUUUGAAAGAUGCCAGCUUUUCUACUCAUGUCUCUGUGUAGAAAUUAGAAAAUGGUAUGAUUUCGACAAUUUUAUUUUGCCAAAAUUGCAGAUAUUUGUGCCUAAAAAUGCAGUUUCUUCAGAUAUACCAGCAGUUCCCAUCAUUAGCUCAUUUGCUCCAAAAUAUGACACGUUUUUAUGACAGUAGUGAAGGUCAACUAAUCGAUGAACAGUGGAGGUUGCUGCCAGAUUACCGUUUUACUGCUGAUGAAGAAAAAAAAAUAGACAUCAACGAGGACAUUGACAUAUUCUGGGGAAAACUCCAAAAAUAUACAAAUGAAAUGGGUGUAUUUGAAUUCCAGAAAUUGUCACAGUUCGUACUGAAUAUAUUAUCCCUUCCACACUCAAAUGCUGAAUGCGAAAGAGUCUUCAGUAAAAUAAACUUGGUUAAAACAAAAUCAAGAAAUAAGUUAAUAACUAAUACAAUCAAUGGUUGUUUAUUAACGUCUCAGUGUGUGAAAAAAGAUGGUAACUGCGUAGAUUUUACACCUACUCAGAAUAUGUAUGCAAGAAUGAACAAAAUUGAUAUGUAUUCUAAUUCUUCUAGUUCUAGUAUCGAAGUUGAUGAAGAUGAAUUUGUCAUAGACGGUUGAAAUAUAAAUUUUUGAAAAGAGGACACAUGAAUGCAAAUCAUAUUUAUGUUACAAUGGAAUCAGAAGGUUUUACAGAAGCAAGUAGCAGUUCGGCCACCCCCAAACGUAGUGGUAGUAAGCUGAGCCCCUUAACCAACCAGAGAAUUGAAAGAAUGAAGGCUAAAAUCAAUUCUUUGAAGUGCAAAAUAUUUAGGCGUAAAGUUCCCAACUGUUUUUGCAAAGGAAGACCCAUCGAGGCUACCAAUAGAACAAAUAUCUCAAGAUUGAUAUGUGAAUCAAAACGAUACCUUUCCAAAGAUGCUCAUAUUAUUUUUGCUAAUGAGUUGAAAGCAAACUUUGUUAAUAAAUUCAACAGAAGAUAUGAUGAUGACUUGAAAGAAAUGUGUUUGUUAAGUGAAUACAAAAAAUCAAAAACUAAGAAAUCUAUGCAAUGAAUAAUGAUUCACAUA